AUGGGUCGCAAUCCGCUCACAAAUCCCCUGCACUAUGCAACCCCACAGCUGCGAACAGGUCCACCCGUCACAUAUGCGACUGCUGGACGGAGCCUUGUGAGCUACGACUAUGUAAUUAUUGGUGCCGGUGCGGCAGGCUGUGUCCUUGCCAGCAAACUUUCCGAAGACAAGAACGUGUCAGUGUUGGUCCUCGAAGCUGGAGGCGACAACACUAAGGUCUUCGAAACGAAAGUGCCCAUCUUAUUCUCAAAGCUAUUUCACACGGAGCAUGACUGGGACUACUACACGGUCGAACAGCCGGAGCUCGCCAACCGGCAGUUGUAUUGGCCGCGGGGAAAGAUCCUCGGAGGUUCAAGCUCGCUCAACGCAAUGAUGUACCACCACUGCUCCAAAUCCGAUUUCGAUGAGUGGGCCUCGGUUCAUGGCUGUGAUGGCUGGAGCUACGACAAACUGUCUCCCUACCUCCGAGACAUGGAGCGAUUUACCCCGAACCCUAACCGCCCGGCCAUCGACUCCCAGCAUCGUGGCACCUCUGGCAAAUGGCAGACGGGCUAUUCAUGGCUUUCGGAAAUUGUCGAAAAGGGCUUUAUACCCGGCUGUCUAGAUGCUAAUAUCCCGGCCAUCGCGGACGUCAAUACCCACCAGGGCACUCUAGGUGUAACAAGGUUCCAGACCUUUGUUGAUCCCAAGGGACAACGUUCAUCGCUAGCCACUGCUUUCUUGACCCCGGAGGUGUUGGCCCGACCAAAUCUAUAUGUCGCAUGCAAGGCCCGGGUCACUCGUAUAUUAUUCGAUACAAUCACCAGCAAGACUCCAACAGCGAUUGGCGUGGAGUUCCAAACUUCUCAGGGUGGUGAGCGCUUCCAAGUUCACGCGCGAAAUGAAGUUAUACUCUCCGGAGGAGCGGUUAACACACCACAAACCUUGUUACUCAGCGGUAUUGGUCCGGCGGACGAGCUCAAGGCUCAUGGAAUUCCUGUCGUUCAAGAGAACAAUGCGGUCGGUCGCAACCUGAAAGAUCAUCUCUGCACGACGCCUAUAAUUGCCAAGGCAAAGAGCGGCACGACACUGGACUACCUAGGAAAUGAUAUUAAGGCCAUCCCAGCACUAGCACGAUGGCUUCUUACGGGCGGUGGCCCAUUAUCAAGCAAUGUUGGCGAGGCGGCGGCAUUUAUCAAGUCGACGGAUCAUUACUUCCCUCAAACAAAGAACAGUCCUAAAACUUUUACCUCUGGGGACAAUGCCCCGGACAUUGAGCUCAUCGGUGCUCCGCUUGCAUUUAUUCAUCAUGGCGAGGAGAAGCCCGUGGAUGGAAGUGACGUUUUCUCUAUCGUUCCAAUUGGCCUUCGCCCGCAAAGCCACGGCACAGUCACCUUGAAGAGCAGAGAUGCAUUUGAUGCGCCGAUCAUCGACCCGAAAUAUCUGAGCGACGAGGGUAGCAACGACCGAAACGUUCUCCUAGUCGGACUUCGCGUAUGCCUCCAAAUUAUCCAGAGCCCAGCUUUCAAAAAGUACUUUGAGCCUGUUCCGGUAAAUGACGAUCCGACCUCGUACUGGUGGCCUUAUUCAAGCAGCAAUUUCGAUAAUAUCACCGACGAGCAGCUCCUGCAGUUUAUGGAUGAGAAGGCAUUCACUUUGUACCAUCCCGUCGGUUCGGCACGUAUGGGACCCUCGCCCGCUUCGAGCGUUGUGGACCUCGAAGGGAAAGUCCAUGGUGUCAAUGGACUUCGCGUUAUGGAUGCCAGUGUGUUCCCAGAACAGAUCAGUGGACAUCCCACCGCGCCUAUUGCAGCUAUGGCUGCCAAGCUUAGUGCUAUGAUCAAGAAUGGCAGUACCCCCCCGCAAACCUUUCGUUGCAAAUCUGUGAGGGAAAGCAGCUACACACGGGGAAAUGGGAAUAUUCAUAAAGGAACCCUUCCGCAUAGUAUCUAG